UGGUCAGCAUGCGGUGAGCUUCCCAUGACAGCGCUGGCUUCUGCCUACCAGUGCCCAGUUCUUCUCUGAGGAUAUUCAUUUUGGCAGUUUUUCAAUUUUGGCAAUGAAAAUGACUCUGGUGUGGCCGCCGUGGCCUUCCUUCUUCGUAAGUGUCUUCAUGGUGGCUUCUUUUGCUGCCACCUUUGCAGAUUAUUAUUUGUCCAUUGGGCCGAUUUGGGUCCAGCUCAGACAGAAUCCUGGCCACUCCAACACCAGCAACACUAGCAGCACUAGCAUCACCAGUUACCACAUGCUGCAAAUGCCGCACAUGCCCAUUGUCGGGAAUCCUGACGAGCUGCCAACCCUAUCCACCCCAUCCUUAUUGGAAACCAAGGUGGGAUUGAAUUUGCCAUCAUUUGACGGAGAGGUGCCUUGUUUGAAGUUUAUUCAUAUCCCAAAGACUGGGGGGACCAAGAUCUCUAUGCAGGCUCUUGAUCACAAGAUCCGCUGGGGCAUGCUGGGGCAUAUAUGAAACCUCCUUGAAGUGUUCUGACAAAAGAAAUUGCACGGACUUUGCAGCCAAGCGAGAAUGCUGCUACUCACAACAAGAAGCGUCGCAAGCGCAGCAUCGCUGCAGCAUUUGGCAUACGCCGCCAGCGGAAGAUUCUUUGAUUGCGGAGAGUUACGCAGGCUGCCAGACGUUUUGCGUCGUUCGGAACCCUUUCUCGCACUUCAUCAGUGAGUUCAGGUGGCACAUCGUUAACUGGACCCUCAGAGAGCCGGGUCAGGGGGUUAACUUAAAAAAACUUUGUUCGCACGAUGUCUUCAUGAAGUACAGUAAAGAACGAAUGCAGCAAGAUGCUGCAGCUGUACUGGACUUUACGGAUGAUUGCCAUCGAAUGCCGCAAUCGAAGUAUGUGAUUUCCGACGACAAGAAGCACUCCUAUUGCAAUCACGUGAUCCGCUUUGAGAAUCUCACAGAGGAGUUCAAUACCCUCAUGAAAGCUUACAACUUUUCAGUGCGCUUGGACACGAGCAAAACUAAUUCCUUCGCUGUCAGAUUGAACUUUCGCAGGAGCUUAAGAUUUGGAUUUACAACCGUUACCAGCUGGAUUUCGAACUUUUCGGCUACACCAAUGGCUCUGCUGGCUGAACGCGUUGAACUUCAGGAGCCAGCGUCGCAAAGAACGACCAGGAAGAUUGCAUGGUCACAAAGAAG